CCCAAACAGUGACAAGACCCCCUUCCUCUUUGCUGGACCCCUCUCUACAGCUAGGAGUCAAUGGCGGGAGACGGAACCAAACCCUGUGAGCUGGACCAAGAGAAAUACGAUGCUGAUGAAAACGUGAAGAUCAUCUGCCUGGGAGACAGUGCAGUGGGCAAGUCCAAACUCAUGGAGCGAUUUCUCAUGGAUGGAUUUCAGCCACAGCAGCUGUCCACGUAUGCCCUGACCCUAUAUAAGCACACGGCCACGGUAGAUGGCAAGACCGUUCUUGUGGACUUUUGGGACACGGCAGGCCAGGAGCGGUUCCAGAGCAUGCAUGCCUCCUACUACCACAAGGCCCAUGCCUGCAUCAUGGUGUUCGAUGUACAGAGGAAAGUCACCUAUAAGAACCUGAGCACCUGGUAUACAGAGCUUCGGGAAUUCAGGCCAGAGAUCCCGUGCAUCGUAGUGGCCAAUAAAAUUGAUGCGGACAUAAAGGUGACCCAAAAAAGCUUCAAUUUUGCCAGGAAGUUCUCCCUGCCCCUGUACUUUGUCUCAGCUGCUGAUGGUACCAAUGUUGUGAAGCUCUUCAAUGAUGCAAUUCGACUAGCUGUGUCUUACAAACAGAACUCCCAGGAUUUUAUGGACGAGGUUUUGCAGGAGCUCGAGAACUUCAAACUGGAGCAGAAGGAGGAGGAUGUGCCAGACCAGGAGCAGAGUGGCAGCAUCGAGAGCCCAUCAGAGGAGGCGGCCUCUCCCCACAGCUGAUGAGCUGGGGCUAGGGCCCCUUUCUAAAUACCCCUCCCUUCAGCAACCUCCAUUUCUGAAUGGAGACACUCUCCAGGCUGUGCCUUGUUCUACCUCCUGUAAACCUGCCCACCCCAUUUGCCUGGCUCAUGAUACAGGAAUGAGGUCAGCACAGUAAACUCUCUGGACAGGUGUAAGAGGUCCACACUAGACCUCCAUGAAGCAGAAUUAGGAAUCAGUGUCAUUAACACCUUCCCCACCCCCCACUCCCCAGGCUGGACAGUGAAGAGAAUCAGGGAACAUGCUUGGGUGUCUCUUUAAUAAAAGGAAAUUUAGGUCAUUGGUUUCUUUCUUCCUAAAACUGACCUCAGGGAUUAUUCCUUAUGCUUCUGCUGAGACAGUGGUUAGUCCUCUUCCCACCCCCACAGACUCUGGGGCCCCUACCCUUUUCCCACAUGAUCUCCCAUCCUUUUCCCACUUUAGUUGCCCAACCGUCUUUAUUUUAAAAUGUUCUUGAGCAGACAGCUAUUCAUUCCAGAUUUUUGAGACUCUACUUCAGGAGCUCUUCUAGGUGAGGGUGAGAUCGCAGGAACAGGCUUGCCAUUGGAGCUGAGUAAAACCAGGUAACAGGUCUAGCCUGGUAAAACACAAGCAUUGGUAAACAUCAGGGGUCAAUACAGCUGCACCACAGGUACACCCACUUGGAUUACAAGAAAUUAACUUCAAGAAGAGCUUCCUUUAAAACCCCUAUUUCAGCAUAGGAGGCUGUCUGUUCUUUCAUUGUCUCGCAGGCUAGGUGGACACCAUGCCCCUGUGGGAGCCCAAGGACUGCAGGA